AUGCCGUCGAUUCUCUCAGAUGAGGAUAAGCAGAUGGUGAAGCGCACCGUGCCCAAGACGGGAAACAAGAUCCACGCCGUCGCCGUCGCAAAGUUGUACGUUGCCUACCCCGACCGUCAGCGAUGGACCUACACCGGACUGCAGGGCGCCGUGGUGCUCGCGAAUGAUCUCGUUGGAAACACGUUUUGGCUCAAGAUGGUGGAUAUUUCGCCCCAAAGUCGAGGUGUCAUAUGGGAUCAGGAGAUCUACGACACAUUCUCCUACAACCAGGAUCGCGUCUUCUUCCACACCUUCGAGCUCGAGGAAUGUCUAGCAGGUCUAUCCUUUGCCGACGAAAAGGAGGCCAAGACGUUCAAGAAGAAGCUCGACGACCGCGAAAAGAACGCGCACAAGAACACCAAGAACAAGCCAUUCAGCGCAACAGCAGGAACUCGUGCGCCCACGUCCAACGGCAAGAGCGGCGGCCAUGGUCAUGGUCUGUUGGGAGGCAUUUUUGGACACCGCAAUUCCACAGCAUCAGGCCCACCGCCAGCUUCCAUGAUCCCUCAUACCACAGUCACGUCGCCCGUGCAAAGCAGCCAUUCCAAUGCUACGAGUGCGCGAAGCUCUGCGAUUGAUACUACGGAUCCGUCAUGGCAACCCCUUCUCAAGGAGCUGCUGGCUAUGGGCAUUACAGAAGAUCAAAUCGAGGAAAAUGCCGACUUUAUCAAAUUAUACAUCGAGCAGCGCAAGUCGGAGGAGAAGCUCAAGGAAGAGAAUAACCGCAAAUCUAGAGCUCCUCCGCCUCCCCCACCCAGCGCGCUUAGCCCUCAACAUACGGGCAGUACUACGACGUCGCGACGAGGACCUCCACCAGCACCCCCGCCAGCGCGACGAACAAGGACUGAUGGACUCAACCGGAACUCUUCAGGAAGCCCAGCGCCGCCUUCUCCGCCACGAGAAGCUACACCUCCACCAGGGCCACCGAAGCCAGUCUUCAGAGCGCCCCCUCCCAUCGCAGAAGCAGGAAAGUUUGCAAACCAACCGACAAGCAGAGCGCGAGCUUCAUCCAAUACAGCGAAUCCAGGGCCACCGCCUCCACCACGACCGCCGAAGACACCCGUACCAGAUGAGGAGAGGUCAGGAGGAAGCAGAUUUGGGGUGCCUCCACCCUUUACAGGCAAUCGUGUCCCCUCGGGCGCACCACCACCACCUCCCAGUCGAGGCCCAGUACCACCGCCUCCGCCAGCGAGAGAUAUGCCGUCAGCACCUCCUCCACCACUUCCUCCUGCGCACAACAUUCCGCCGCCUCCUCCACUGCCUCCGUCUUCGUCUCGUCCUGCACCAAUUCCGCCGCCUCUACCUCCAACAAGCAAUGUUGCGCCUCCUCCUCCUCCUCCACCGCCGCCGCCACCACCGCCGUCGAUGCCCGGACGAUCGAUCCCACCACCUCCCCCGAUGCCGAACAGCGGAGCACCGCCACCUCCGCCCAUGCCCAGCAGCGGAGCGCCCCCGCCACCGCCUAUGCCAAACAGUGGCGCACCUCCGCCACCGCCACCGCCAAUGCCUCCUUCCUCUGGACCCCCUGCACCACCGCCGCCUCCGCCACCCGGUGGCGCACCGGCACCGCUACCCAAGGUACCAGCAGUACGAGAUGGCCUUUUAGCAGAUAUUCGAGGUGGAGCACGAUUGAAGAAGGUUUCGGAUCAGGAAAAGAAGGACCGCAGUGCGGCAGCAGUUCCCGGCAAAGAACCCGCUGCAGGGUCUUCUGGAGGAGCCGCAGCCGCGCCUGGAGAUGCUGGCUUGGCUGGGGCAUUGGCUAGUGCCCUAGCGGCGCGGAAGAGUAAAGUUAGUCACAGUGACGAUGAGUCGGAUAAGGAUGACUGGUAG